UUAUUCUCUCUUCUCUCUCAAAAAGGACUGUUUUUGUGUGGAGAGGAGAGCAACUCUCCUUUCCCUUUGUUUGUAUCUCACUUUUUGUUUUUCUCUGAAUUUUCCUUUUCUCUCUCUCUCUCUCUCUCUCUCUCUCUCUCUGUUGCCAGUUUGGUUUGUUGCAUUUGAUCAAGGGAGAGUAGUGGGAGCUCGGAAUCAAUGGAAAUUCCGGCGAAAUUCGUUAGCUUCACGCGCUGCUAAUGGAUGAAUCAUCAUCACCAUGGAUAUUUCUGUGUCCGAAGGACCUCCCUCUUUGUCACCGUCUCUCCGCCAAGACUCUUUAUGGCAAAUGAAUUUGAGGUCAAUGGAAUCAAUGGAGUCUGGACCUUAUCCUGUUCGUGAAGGUGAACCAGAUUGUUCUUAUUACAUCAGAACUGGUCUCUGCAGAUUUGGAUCAACUUGCCAAUUCAACCAUCCACCUAACAGGAAACUGGCCCUUGCUGCAGCAAGUAUGAACGGAGAGUAUCCAGAAAGAAUAGGACAACUAGAAUGCCAGUACUACUUGAAGACUGGAACUUGCAAGUUUGGAGCCACAUGCAAGUUUCACCAUCCUAGAGACAAGGCUGGAAUUGCUGGAAGAGUUACCCUAAAUGUCUUGGGCUAUCCACUUCGCCCGAAUGAGAAUGAAUGUACAUAUUACAUGAGAACUGCACAAUGCAAGUUUGGAAGUACUUGUAAAUUUCAUCAUCCCGAACCUUCUAACAUGAUGGUCUCUUCACGUGGUUCUCCUGUUUAUCCUCCCGGUCCUUCUCCUACAACUCCUGGUCAGAUGUCCUAUCCCUUGUCCAGAGCUUCUUUUAUUUCUGGUGCACGCUGGCAAGGUUCUUCAAGUUAUGCACCACUGCCAGUGCUUCAGGGAGUGGUAUCUUUUCCAGGAUUUACAUACAAUGGUCAGCUCGGCUCAGUUUCAUCCGCUGAGGGCCAGCAACAGACAGCAGGAAACAGCCAGGUUUAUGGGAGUUCAUGUUCAAGUGAUAAAGCAACCAUGGGAUCAGAAGGAAUGAAUUCCUCAUAUCGUGUCAGUUCUUUACCUGUGGGGUAUUAUGCAUUACAGGGAGAAAAUGUUUUUCCUGAACGAGUGGGCCAGCCUGAAUGCCAGUUUUACAUGAAGACCGGAGACUGUAAGUUUGGUGCUGUUUGUAGAUUCCAUCAUCCAAGGGAAAGGCUCCUUCCUCCUCCUGAUUGUCUGUUGAGUCCUAUUGGUCUCCCUCUGCGCGCUGGAGAACCAAUGUGUAUUUUCUAUUCCCGAUAUGGGAUCUGCAAAUUUGGACCGAGUUGCAAGUUUGACCACCCAAUGCGGGUUUUCACUUAUAAUAUAUCAGCUUCAUCUUCUACUGAUGAUCCUUCUGUUCGGCGUCUGUUGGGUUCAUCGUCAGGAACUGGUGCGUUGACUUUGACUUCAGAAGGGAUUGUUGAAGCAGCCUCCACAACACCCAGGCGAUUAUCAUUAUUAGAAACAAGAAAGAUGCCACCUGGUGAUAAUAACUUUGACAGAGAGGGAUGAUUUUAUCCUGAACUACUAGCCAGCAUCUUCAUUUCUAUAAUUAUAAAAAUCAUCAUCUUGUACCAUUGAUCAAUUACAGUUGCCUGUAAAUUUAUUUUCAUUGCUGGAGAUGUACAGAAUCCUUUAAAGUCAUUUUGUUUUUCUGAAAAUGCAUUUCAGUUGACAAGGUUGACUUGUCACUUUGUAAUAUGUUAAGUCUGCAAACAAUUGGUGAAUUAACUGUUUAUUCAUCAUCUCUGGAGAACCCUCUGCCUUGUUUAUCAGAAACAAUUUAACCUCCAAAUCUCCUGUAUGAAGCAAUGUUUUCUUUGAAGGUUUGCAUCUAUCCUUCUGGUAGACGUGUUGAUCGUCGGUAAAGGGAGGUCAUAAUCUUGAUGCUUGCCCAUUUGCCUCGUAGUUUCUUUGCACAUAUGUUGGUUAUUCAUUCUCUAGUGUUUUAAAGCAAUUCUAUAUUUUUUGUAAUUAAUAGCUAUCCCUUUGCAGAUUUCUGAUAAUUUGUUUGCUCUCUGUCUCAAUCUCUGCAGAUGUACUAGUAUUGCACGUUUUUCGCAAGGCAAAUUCUGGUGACUACAGAACCUAAUUUUUGUGAAAUAAAGGGCUCGUGUUCUCCUCAGGUUCAGUGUUAUCUGGUGCAUAGCAUUAAAUGCAUGGAGCUGGGGUUAUUAGGAUAUUCCCACUUGAACGAAGACAUGGUAUGUAGGAAGUUAAAACUGUUUGAAUCAGAAACGCAAUUUCUCUUUUCCCGUUAUGCCAGUGCUUGUUUCACAGUCCCCUAUGACUUGAUAAUAGUGGAGUAAGCGACGAGUAAAGACAUUUAUUCAGCAGCCACUCACAUCAGGAAAGCCGUUCAGGAUGGUAAAGGUUAUGUUACUGCAGCUUGUGUUGCAGACCAAAGAGCUCAAGCAGCAGGUGUUUGGUGAUCAAUGUGCCCUCCACUGACACUGUUAAUACUAAGAGCAGCACCAGCCUCAGAUCAGAUGUGAAAUAUAGCAACUUCGGCAAUUGUGCUCAGUCCUUAUGUCCAAAAUGACUUUUAGUUGAACUUGGGAUAGAUAUUUAUGUUACUAUCAGACAAAAGAAUAAACAAAGAAAAGAAAGGAAGGAGGAGGAAGGAUACAUAUUUGUGUUUCUUUUAGAAAAGAAAAGAAAAGAAAAGAAAAGAGGAGAGAAUGAUAGAAUAAGAAUGUAUUUUUGUGCUCCUGUGUCAAGCUCGAUAGACUGGAGUGAAUAUAUAUAUAUAUAUAUAUAUUAUGGAACAGUUGGUGUUGGCAAUGUAAUGAGGAAGUUACACAUUUACUUGUUC